GCGUUCCCCGCCCUUCGUAGCUUAUUUCCUUGGAGGGCUUUUUGUUCGCGCUGCGAGUGCGGGGAAGAGGGCGACGGCGAAUUCAACAGCGAUUAGGGUUGUCUAUUGGUCUCGCGGGCUUUGAGCUUGCCUGCAUAUAACCCACUUCCGUCUCUGUGAAUUCUGGUGUAGAACUACUGCGAACAGCGAAUUCUUCCCUUUUCCUUUGUUCUCGCCGGCGGGCGUUGGUUCUGGUGGCAGGUCAUGGGCGCGCAGGCGAAGGCAGCUAGCUCUGCGAAUUCCAUGCAGCGUGUUAAGGUUUAUCACCUGAACGAGCAGGGAAAAUGGGAUGACCGAGGAACUGGGCAUGUCACUGUCGAUUAUUUGGAGAGGUCUGAGGAUCAACUUGGUUUGAUUGUUAUUGAUGAAGAAGAUAAUGAUACCUUACUUGUGCACUGUAUUUCAUCAGAUGAAAUCUAUAGAAGGCAAGAAGAUACAAUUAUCUCUUGGAGAGAUCCAGAUAUCUCUACAGAAUUGGCUCUUAGCUUCCAAGAGGCUGCAGGAUGCUCCUAUAUAUGGGACAACAUAUGCAAUGUGCAGCGCAAUCUCCAUUUCAAUAGUCUUAGUAGUGAAUCAUUCCAUACGGUUAACAAUGACUUGAAAGAUUUUCCUUCACUUCAAAUGUCCACCCUCCCAUUGAUUUUAAAGGCUGUGGUUGAGUGUGGGAUUACUGAUCAGUUGCGUGUUACUGAGUUGAUCUCCCAAGAUCAAAGCUUCUUUUCGAAGUUAGUGGAUCUAUUUACAAUGAACGAAGACUUGGAAAACAUAGAGACUCUUCACAUUAUAUUCAAAUUGGUUAAGGGGAUCAUCCUACUAAACAGCCAGCAAAUAUUUGAGAAAAUUUUUGCAGAUGAUUUGAUUUUGGAUAUAAUUGGUUGUCUUGAAUAUGAUCCCGAUGUCUCUCAAGUUCAACAUCAUCGUGCAUUUCUCAAAGAGCAUGUGGUUUUUAAGGAGGCAAUUCCUAUUAAGGAUUCUUUAGUUCUUUCGAAGAUACAUCAGACAUAUAGAAUUGGUUAUAUAAAGGAUGUUAUUUUACCAAGAGUCCUGGAUGAGGCAACUAUAGCAAGCCUUAACUCCAUUAUUCAUGCAAAUAACGCUGUUGUUAUUUCUUUGUUGAAGGAUGAUGCUUCUUUCAUUCAGGAAUUAUUUGCUAGGAUGAGGUUACCUUCAACUUCUGUAGAGUCUAAGCGGGACAUGGUGCUUUUCUUACAUGAGUUUUGCUCUCUAGCUAAGAGUCUACAGAUGGUACAACAGUUGCGGUUUCUGCGGGAUCUUGCAAGUGAGGGCAUAUUUGAUAUAAUCACAGAUGUGCUGAAAUCUCAGGAUAGGAAGCUUGUCUCCAUUGGGACGGACAUCCUUAUACUUUUUCUUAAUCAAGAUCCCAAUCUUCUUAGAUUGCAUGUCAUUCAACAAGAGGGGAAUGCACUAUUGAGCCUCUUGGUCAAAGGUAUGAUGACUGACUUUGGAGAGGGGAUGCAUUGCCAGUUUCUUGAAAUCAUACGCAUUUUGGUGGAUUCGUACUCAAUGUCAGGACCACAGAAGGACACUGUUAUAGAGAUUUUCUUUGAAAAACAUCUGGACCAAUUAAUAGAUGUGAUAGCAUCAUCUUGCCCUUCAAGAAACAGUUCACAUGGAGCUCAAAAAUCAACUGUAUCUGAUGGUAGAGGUGAAUACAACUCUGCCUCAAAGGCUGAAAUUUUAUCGAACAUUUGCGAGCUGUUGUGCUUUUGCGUGCACAAUCAUACAUACAAGAUUAGGUGCAACUUCCUUAAAAGCAAUGCUUUAGAGAAAGUGCUGUGUUUGACACGGAGAAGAGAGAAAUUUUUGGUGGUGGCUGCUGUUCGUUUUAUGCGCACUGUUAUCUCUAGGAAUGAUGAGCAUCUUCUGCGUCACAUUGGAAAAAAUAAUCUCUUAAAACCCAUUAUUGAAGUUUUUGUUGAGAAUGGAAAUCGCUAUAAUAUGCUACAUUCGGGUGUUCUUGAUCUUCUUGAGUACAUUCGUAAGGAAAAUCAUAAAACGCUGAUCCUCUACAUAGUUGAUACCUUUUGGGACAAGUUGAAGAGGUUUGAGCAUUUGGGUACUAUUCAGGCCCUAAGAAUCAAAUACGAGCAGUCCCUUGAAAAUGGCGAUGCAAAAACCACUGUUAAUGUUGCAAAUCCUCGAAAGCGUAUUGAUGAUCGAGCUCUUGAGAAGGAAGAAGAAGAUUACUUCAACGAAGACAGUGAUGAAGAAGACUCUGCAUCAGCUCGCUUGCCAGGUGCAGGCAAUCAUCAGUCAUCAACAGUUUUGCCCAAUGGACCCAACGUGACCAAGCCUACUGGGUCUGGGGCUGUUGGGCUUGUUGACUAUGAUGAUGAUGAAGAUGAUGAGGAUUACAAACCUCCACGAAGGUCUGAAUCUUCUGCUGCAGAUGAGGAAGAUAUGAUGCCAGAUUUAUGCAAGCCAAAGCACAAAUUAUCUUCUAUAGAUGGUAGCAAAGAUUUGAGUUUUGAAGUGAUAAAGAAGCGUCGUCUGGAUCAGCAUUCACGGGAAUUUAAGGCUGUUGAGGUCAACAACUGCAACCAUAGUGACAAAACUAACGCUCAUGAGCUUUCACCAUCAUCUGGUCCUUGCACUAUAGUUUCCAAUGGAGAAUUUGACGAACAUAAUAAAGAGAAGGAAUGCUCACCAGAAAGAUUAAAUAACACCCCUUCUACACCUGAUACCAGACAAUCAACGGGUGAGGACAAUAAGUUGACAACUAUCAGCAGCUCCUCAACAGAGAUGACUGUAAACAAUGCAAAUGUUAGCAGUUCAGAGCCCUAUUCUGUAAGAUGAUAGUUCUAUUAGACACAAUGUGCCCAAUUAUAACAUCAUGGACAAAGAAUUGAAAAAAAAAUGGCAUCUUCGCGCCCUCCAACACAGUUCAUUUGGUGCGAGGAUAGGAAUAAUUUGGAAAGUGGUAUCUGGAAUUUUCUCAUUUCGAUUCGGCACAGCUCUUGGCGAUUCUACCAAUCGGUUCGAGGAAGAUGGAGAUAAUUUAUGCUGGUUUUUGCAAGUCAGUUAUUAUGAUGCUGCAUAUAAUGGUUUUACUUAUUCUGUAGAACAUCGUUUAGGUCUUAAUAUAUACAUUUGUUUGCAGCUUUGAAUGUGGGCACAAUCCAAUGCCCCUCUUUCAUACAUCACUAAAAUUUUGUUUGAAAUGUUAUUUUAUGUUAGAGGAAAAGUUGUUUUAUAUGCGGGCAGGGAGGGAGAUCUGUGUGAAGGGGGGAUUAGUAGGUGUUAAAUGAUGUUUAAAUUAAUGAUCUAAUUCAUUUGUAGCUUCAGUGGGAGCAAAAGGGAAAAUGGAGACUGCUAAUACUGACUAACAAACCAGGAUCUUUUUUAUAAGCUCAUAGUUCUCACACUACUUCCUAUGUUAUUCCGCAAGUUUGUAAAGUUGAAUUGUCAAGUAAAUAUAUGCUUUCUAAUGAUCCUGCAAUAGUAGAGACUUGUAGAGCAAAUGUACCCACAAUUUUGUGGCAGCUAUAGAAGGUAGACAUUAUUAUAGCUAUGAAUGUGUGAGCUUAUAAGACCUUAGAUAACAUUAUGAUGGAUAUAUUAUCUUUUUUUAUUUU